AUGAAAAGCAGCACGCUGAUGGCGAUCAUGGUUCUCCAGGCCGCUCUGGUCAUGGGGAUCUUCCCAGGGAUGUGCAACAGUGAUGUACACGCAACAUCCCUAGGCGAGAGCCAAGUGAUCGACAUCAACCCGGGUAGGCUGGGGAGCUGCGCCAACUGCAACUUCUCCUUCUCAGGUCUCUACACCUGCAAGAGUUGCGCUGUCGUGAAGAAGUACCCUGUCAUGGAGUUCAGGUGCACUGACACCUUCCUCGGCGUGUGUGAACCCCCGCGCAAGAAGAACUGA